UUACAAGACGCAUUGACAUGGCGAUGUCCACGUUGUGUGUCGAAAUUGCCCAGAAUUUUGGGGCAGAAAAUCGCAUUUCAUUGUCGGAGGAAUCUGAGAGUGUUGAAGAUUCUGAAAAUGACAGUCAAAUGAACAGUAACUUCCUAGAUGCUGUGAAAAUGUACACAGAACAGACAGGCUUAGUUCACAUGCAUCUGAAUUCAGUGGGCUCCGAAAUGUAUUAUCAGGGAUCUGACAAACAAGUUGAUUUAUUGACAACACUGAGAGAAGGUAUGGAAGUGGUUGAUGAUAAUCAACUUGGUUAUGGUCAUUUAAAUUCAAUCAGCUCACAUGAAAAUGAAGAUAGCUGUAGUUCCGCACCUUAUCUCAAGUACUCUCUUAAGAGUUCAACGGACUGGAUGCAGAGAUUGGAUCCUAUGGAUCCAUUCUUAAAGGAAUUAAUGCAGUUUGAUGAUAUAGAUAUAGAUGAAGUACAAAGUAGUGGUGAUGAGCCGCAGAGUGAGAAUCCGGAAACAGAAACAGAAGCAGAAGCAGAAACCAACUUGGGUAGCGUCGAUGCGAGUGAAGCAUCCAGUGACAAGGAUUUAGAUGACGAGAGUGACAAACCGUUAAAAGAUGUUGGUGAGAUAAAUCUGGAACAAAGUCCAGUAACUUCAUUGAGGAAUUUAGUUGAUAGAAUUCCGAUAAGUUUUGGUCAAUCCCCAUCACUAUUUGACACAGAAAAACAGCUAGAGGCUAUACGAAAGGAUGCAGAGUCCAAAGAAUCCUCAUUCUACAGUUUACCAAUUAAGAAGUUGUGUAGACCAAGAAAAUAUUCUAGUACAUUGGAAAAAAUACUUCUAAAUGCUGAUGUUCCUAUUGAGGAUAUCGUUAAAGACAUACAAUCAGGCGGUAGUGGACAUUUGUAUAGUGCCGCACCCACCCCACCUAAACAGAAAAAUUACAAACUUGGUACAGGAGCAAAUAAACAUAUAGAGGAGAUUGUACUCAGUGAUUCAGAUGAUGAAAUAGAUGCAGUAAAUGAGACGAAGGUUGUCUCAAAGGAUAUUGUAACUGUUGAUGAAAACAGUCAUAUUAUGGAGAGUCGUGAUGCAACUAUUACUGACACAAAAAUGGUCUUGGAAGAGGAUGGGUAUGAUCUUGAAGAAGGGGAGAUUUUAGAAGAUGAAUCAGUGUUAACAAAUGAAAAACAAACUGAAUCAGGUACAUUAAUUGAAGCCAGAGAUGUUGAUAGCCUAUUAGAACAGUUUGAAGAGACGGCAGCAAAUCUUCAGUUGCCCAAUACACCUGAAGAUUCCCCGGAGGCAGCUUACAGUCAACAGAAAAAAGGUGUCAAGUUGAAAAAGGACCUUGGAAAGCAAUAUCCAGUUUUAAAAUCACAUUUACUAAAAAGUUCAUUGGUGACUCCUCCUGCAACUCCCACCCCUGUGGCAGUCAAUGUAGCAGAGAUUGCAAAAAAGAUUACACCAAUUAAAAGAAAAACUGCCAUACUUACAGAGCCACUUGCUAUGCCAGCGAAAAAAUCAAGAAAACGUGCACCUAGCAGUCAGCCAAACAGUCGACCAAGUAGUCGAUCGUCUAGUCCUAUGAUUUCUAGGAACAUUUUUGAAGAUGCCGAAAUACCAUACUCUUCUCAUGAAUUGAUUAUAGACCAUGACUACUGUCAGUCCUAUUCACAGGAUGAUGGGAGUAGAGAUUCAUUCCAAGAGAACAAAAAACCCCCUUUGGAUGCUAAUCCUGUAUCCAGAAAUAACUGCAAGAUAACAGAAUUUUCAAAGGAUAAAGAUAGAUUUGCAAGAUCUCUGUGGGAAAGAAAUUCCACUGAACAGUGUUCCAGUGUGCAAGGAUUAAGCGAGUGGGAUAGCCCUCCUCAAGGACCAGAAAUUUCUCAAACUGAAAAACCUGUAGUGACUGUGAAAUACUUUGACAAAAUACCAGAGUAUUUUGCCAGCAAAAUGCUUUUCCCUGCUUCUGUUGAUAGCAGUGAAAUGGCCAAGACUAAAAUGGAAAGUAAGGAGCUGUCCACAGUUGAUAUCCAGAUUAAAAAUCUAAACAAUGAGAGUGAUUGCAAGAGAAGAUCGCACAGUCGUUCUUGUUCACGCUCGUGCUCUUGCUCCAGAUCACGCUCGCGCUCUCCAUUGAAUUCCAGUUUGUGUUCACGAUCUUCAUCACCUUGCUCAACCUGUUCUGAUUACAAUGAAAGAUCAUACAGAAGUCGGCGAGGACGCGACUCUUACAGCCGAUCACGAUCAAGAUCUUACUCGCGAUCUCGUUCAAGAUCAUUUGCAAAAUCUCAUCGAUAUAGGCAUUCAUAUUCGCGCUCGCGCUCAAGAUCUUGGUCUCGUAGUCCACGUCAAAGAUAUUCAAGAUCUAGGUCGCGUGGAAGGAGACGUUUGUAUAGCCAUCGUAGAAGGCAUAGGUACACUUACAGUAGAUCUCGUUCAAGAUCUCCAUAUAGAUCACGCUCGCGAUCACCUUACAGAUCUCGUAGGAAAUCCUACUCGCGACACCGUACAAAAUCACCUUACAGUAGACCAAGCCGAAGAAUUGACGAGAUAGCUCCAGAGAGAGGCCAGGAGAAACAGUGGGAGGAUCGCAGAGUUGUGUAUUGUGGUAGAAUAGAUGAAGGCACAACAAGAGCUUAUCUGAGAGAACGUUUUUCAGCUUUUGGUGAAAUUGAAAAAGUCAGUGUACAUUUCAGAGAUUUCGGUGACAACUACGCGUUUAUUACGUUCAAGUACAAAUGUGAUGCUAUAGCAUGUAUAGAGAACUCCAAUAGAAAAACAGCAAUGGGACAAAAAGAGGUUGAAUCACAGUUGGAUUUUGAUGCUUUGCUCAAACAAGCUCAAAAGAAGAAGAAAUGUUAA